AUGUCUCCACUCAUCUCUCAGCAGUCUGUUAGAAAAAAAGUUCCCAGAGCCCCCUUCACUGGACUUCUUCUCUUCUUCAACAAGUUUCCUGAGAUCUGCUCCCAUAUCUUUACAAUGUCUACUGAACUGGAGAAAUGCAUGGAGUCACUUAUUGACAUAUUCCAUCGCUAUGCAAAGGAAGAUGAAGGCAAUCUGAGCAAAAAAGAGUUCAAAAAACUUAUUGAGGCAGAGCUCCCAAAUUUCCUGCAAGCUCAGCAAAACCCAAACCUGGUCAACGAAAUGAUGAAAGAUCUGGACCAAAAUAAAGAUCACAAAUCUUGA